AUGAAUAGGGUUAAUGCAAUAUCAGACAUGAUUCAAAAGGAGGAAUUUAACGCGAUGUCUCAGAUUGCUAUUGCAAAUAAUGAAGAUGUGGAAGAUGUGUUAGAAGAAGAGCCUGUAGACUGCAUUGAAAGUGAAACGGAUGAUGAGUUAGAAGAUGGAAUUGGAGAUGAAACUCAAACGGAUGGAGAUGGAACUUCAUAUGUAAAAUUUAUGCGUGAGUUGGGAAUUGAUUCUUUCAAUGACAAGGAAGAAUUUGUUAGGGCUAUCAAGCUCUACAAUAUCAAAACACACAAACAUUUUGAGGUUGUUGAAUCACGUCCAGACAUUUGGUCUAUCAAAUGUAAGUUACAUAAACAAGGCUGUAAAUGGAAACUUCGUGCAUGUAAACAUAAACGUAGUGGAUGUUUUGACAUCACAAAGUAUACUGGUCCACAUACUUGUUUGCAUUCUAAGAUUACCCAAGACCAUCCAAACCUAGAUGCAAGCUUGAUCGCCCAAGAAAUACAACACCUUAUAAAAGAGCAACCUUCUAUUAGCAUUAGUGCUUUGAGAGCCGAAGUAAUUGAUAAGUUGGGCUAUACUCCUUCAUACAAGAAGGUUUGGUUAGGAAAACAAAAGGCAAUUGAACGUGUCUUUGGGGAUUGGGAUGAAUCUUAUAUUAUCUUACCUAAGUUUAUGGAGGCACUUAAAAAGUUCAAUCCAGGGACCAUAGCUGAAUGGUGUGUUUUGAGACGGACUGGUGUAGAGCAGGUUGAAUUUAGACGUGUGUUUUGGGCAUUUAAUCCUUCUAUCCUUGGAUUUAAGCAUUGUCGGCCAGUGAUUAGCAUUGAUGCCACACAUUUGUAUGGCAAGUAUAAAGGUAAGUUGAUGAUUGCAAUGGGAGUUGAUGGUAAUAAUCAGAUAUUGCCACUUGCAUUUGCUAUUGUUGAAAAUGAAUCUUACGCUAGUUGGAGUUGGUUUCUUUCUCAUGUUAAGAAACAUGUGGUGAAAGAUACCAAAAGGAUAUGUCUAAUCUCUGAUCGUCAUGCUGGAAUUCUAAAGGCAGUUAAUGAACAAGGAUCUCCUUGGUAUUGCUUAAUGCAUUUUAUCAACAACUUUAAUGAUAAGUUUCGUAACUCUCAAUUGAAAGCUUUAGCUUACCGUGCUGGGAGUCAGAAUCAGAUUAGAAAGUUUAACUCUAUUAUGGAGGAAAUUGGAAAAAUAAACCGAAAAGCUCGCCAGUGGCUUGAGCAACACGCAUUUGACAAAUGGACGCUUGCACAUGAUGGUAGAAAGCGUUAUGGGCUACUCACAACAAAUUUGUCAGAGAUUUUUAAUAGUGUACUUAAAGUUGCUCGUUUCCUACCGAUCACAUCAUGUGUUCAACUUACAUUUUAUAGACUAGUACAUUACUUUGAUGUGAGACGUCCCAUGGGAUCUAAUGCUCAAGAUAAUGGAGAUAUGUAUACUCCCCAUAUUUUGGCCAAACAAGCAGCUUCAAUGUCAAAAGCUGGUGCACAUUCUUUGAGGUUAAACGCAGGUUAUCUCGAAUCAAGAUUAGGCUACUUUAGAAACCCACCUAAAAAUCUUGGUUGUCAGAUUUGA